AUAUUGAUUUAUUUUCUUAAUCUUUAAAAUUGCUUUAUAUGUCUUUACAUUAUCAUUUAACUUGCUCUGAUUCAUGUGUUCAGUGUAAACACAUCAGUUUAUUAAUGUGAACGAUGCAACUUCGAAAUGUUUUGUUUGUAAAUAUGCAGAAGUGGCCUUUGAACCCUUUGUUGUUUGCGGGUGACGUCAGAGAUAGAGAGAGAGGGAGAGAGAGAGAGAGACGCGUGUGUGAGUGAGUGAUUCUGCUGCACAGACAGACAAAGGCGGCGGACCGGAGGAACCGACAGAAAGCGCUCUAAGAGUCUCCAGACUUCCACGCGUGAAAACCCGCAGAAAACCAUGAGCAGAUCCCGGGUGCGAGCGGUGCCGAGGCGGGACGAGUGAUCCGAGCCGCGCUGGAGCUCCAGUUUGACCGCGAAUGCUUUAAAAGCGACUCUUUUUCUCCAACGCCCCCCAAAAACAGUUAGCAGCUAGCGGUUAGCCGUCCCCUCCACCAGCCUCAUCCUCCAGAAAACUGCGGAAAACAGCAGCCGGCGGCGCGGGAGCACACACGAAAGCACAGUCUGCUGGGUGUCUGAUGCGCACGCGGGGUCGACUAUGCCGAGUCCCCUGUUUCACCCUGACAUCAUGGAGCACGAGAGCGGGCAGAGCGGCGGCGGCGCCCGGGAGAUGGAGCAGGAUCCCCGGGAUGAGGAGCACCAGGAGGCGCUGCGCUUCGCCCUGGACCAGCUGUCCCGCAUGGCGCUGGAGAAGGUGGAGUGUCUGGACGGGAGCUCGGCUGGGGAGAGCUGUAACGGAGGAGGGGGUUUCGUGGACCUGCAGAUGAUGGAGCACAGCAGCGGCUCGCGGGAGUCACCCGGCUCAUGCUCGCCCUCUCCUGAGUACUACGGCUCUGGGGGUGGAGGUGGUGGUGGAGGAUAUCACAUGGCCGGGCCGCACUCCUCCAUCCUCGGGGAACAAAGCUCGGUGCUCCGCAAGAGAAGUGUCAACAUGACCGAGUGCGUGCCCGUGCCCUCCUCUGAGCAUGUGGCGGAGAUCGUCGGUAGACAAGGUACUGACUUAAAUAGUGACAACAAUUGAUUGUAAACAAUCUGUACAUGUUAUGAACUAAUAAAUGCAAUGCAGGGUUCAGAAUCUCA